UCUCCUUCGUCACGGCCGGAGCCUCCUUCUGACUUCAUUCAUUUUUUUUUUUUCCAUUCACGAAGAUAGUGAGGCCUAGCCGAAAGCCAUGGAGAGCGCUCUCCCUGCCGCCGGCUUCCUGUAUUGGGUGGGCGCCGGCACGGUGGCCUACCUGGCCCUGCGCAUCUCGUACUCGCUCUUCUGGGCCCUUCGGGUCUGGGGUGUGGGCAACGAGGCGUGGGUCGGGCCGGGGCUCGGUGAAUGGGCAGUUGUGACAGGCAGCACUGAUGGAAUUGGAAAAUCAUAUGCAGAACAGUUAGCAAAGCGUGGAAUGAACGUUGUUCUCAUCAGCAGAUCUCAGGAUAAGCUAAACCAAGUUUCCAGUGAAAUAAAAGAAAAAUUCAAAGUGGAGACACGAACUAUUGCUGUUGACUUUGCAUCAGAAGAUAUUUAUGACAAAAUUGAAACAGGCUUGGCAGGUCUUGAAAUUGGCGUUUUAGUGAACAACGUGGGAAUGUCGUAUGAGUAUCCUGAAUACUUUUUGGACAUCCCUGACUUGGACAAUACCAUCAAGAAACUGAUAAAUAUUAAUGUUCUUUCUGUUUGUAAGAUGACACGAUUGGUGCUGCCUCGAAUGGUAGAAAGAUCUAAAGGUGCAAUUCUGAACAUCUCCUCUGCCAGUGGCACGUUCCCAGUUCCACUGCUGACCAUCUACUCUGCAACCAAGGCUUUUGUAGAUUUCUUCUCUCAGUGCCUCCAUGAGGAAUACAGGAGCAAGGGCAUCUUUGUGCAGAGCGUGCUACCAUACUACGUUGCUACAAAACUGGCUAAAAUCCGGAAGCCCACUUUUGAUAAGCCCUCUUCUGAGACAUUUGUGAAGUCUGCAAUUAAGACAGUCGGCUUGCAGUCUCGCACUAAUGGAUACCUGGUCCAUUCUCUGAUGGGCACAAUACACUCAAUGCUGCCUUCGUGGGUUUUUGUAAAAAUAUCCAUGGAUGUCAACAAGUCCAUACGGGCUCGCUAUCUGAAGAAAUACAAGAAGAACUAAGCACUGAUGAUUGUGUUGAGUAACUUGGUCAUUUAAGAGCACCCUGCCAGUCUCCAGAUUCCACGGUUGUUCCAGUGGUUACUAACAUGGCUAAAUAAAGCAGAAGCUGCUUUGAGAAGCUCCUGACAUAUAUUCUGGAUACUACCAAGAAUAAAUCUGAAGCGUGAUGUAAAUGCUUGUAUCAAAUGGAUAAAGAGCUAACAUGACCAAGAACAGCUUAGUAGCAAAGAGCACGGAUAUAGCAAAUCACAGAAUGCUAGAGUCAGGCAUAAAACCUAGCCCUUUUGUCUGGUCCCAAGCUCUGAUUGAUAAUCAUGAUUCUUGCCCUUUCUCUGAGGCAUGUCAUAAGCUGUAAUGGCCAGCUGGUCUUGUUUGCCUGUAACAGUUUGAAGGAAUAGAGAUUAAUUGAUCCAUUUAUGGGCAGACACUCGGCAAUUUAAAAUAGAUGUCUUUAAGAUUUUCUAAAAGUGUGUUCCAGUUUGUAUGUUUAGUUGGAACUACUCUUUCUGGAAAGACAUAGACAGAGUUGUUUCUCACAUGGAGCCCAUGGAAGCAUGCUUUCUGGUAUCCAUGUUAUUUCCUCUCAGUGUGAGUGUAUGUAAAUACUGACAGCUGUAUGUGUGACUUCUGAAGGUAAAUGGGCCAAAAUGUACCUUGAGCCUGGCAGCUCCCUAUGAUACCACCGACAUCCUGACUCAGCAAAGUGGUUUGCUUGAACCCUGCCGCCUGUUGUUCCUAGUUUUAUGCAAAAGAAAAAAAUGUUAAUGGGGUAUUUGUUUCUAGUUGCUGAUUUUCGGCACUUAAGGACAUAAGCCAGAAAAAAGAAAAAACAAAUUAACAUCAGCUAUAUCGUUCUGUAAAAAAAAAAAAAAAAAAGA